CUCGCAUUGUUCGCUGUAUUUUCUCUGAGUAACCUUUGUUCAUGUAAGUAAAUUCAGACCUACUUUUUAUGUUUUGCCAUAUGUUUUAGCUACCUCUCAAAUUCACAGUGUAGGGCCUACCAAAUUUCAUUUUAGAACCACACAACGAUGGGAGUAUAAACGAGCUUAUAGAUAUCAUGAAUAAUGAGUCAAACAUACAUUUACGUCUUCCUUUAUAAUGUAAAGCAAGGUUGAAAGUGACAAGUGUUCGGGACCUUAACUGCAAUUCACGCGUACCCUUAAAAUCGUAGCAUUUGAGACUAAAACAGUAAUGUUCAGUAUCAUUUUUGACCUAUUAUUUUGUCUUAUUAUGUGCAUUAGGUUCUACCCAGGAUAUCAUUCUUACUAGCAAGAGUCAAUUCAUAACCCAGGGGCAGGAAACUGUGUUUACGUGCACGGUCAGCGACUCUAUACCGAAAAGUAGUUUGGUUUCUUGGAAACUUGACGAUCGCCUUUUGAACAGCACAGAGCUAAACUUGAAAAAACAGUUCGAAAUAACGUUAAUACUAAAUAUUUCUGCAUUGACCCUGAUGUGUUCACUGAACCCGGAGGGAAAAAAUGCAACUCUUAGGAUCGAAUUUACGGAUCUUCCGAACAACGUGACCCUGGAAGUUAACACCACCCAUUUCUGUGAGAGUGAUAAGGCUUGCAGAGCAGAUGUCACGAUCGGUCGUACCUACCAAUUCACCUGCAACGCAUCUGGCUCGAAUCCAGCCAGUAAUAUCACGUGGCUGAUCACUAUGAAUGGCCCAGGGGAAACCGAAGAGAGGUCGAUUCCUGCAGAUUGGAGUCGAUCACAAAAACAUGAGAACACGAGCUGGGAUACAUCAAGCCAAAUGAACCUGCAGGUAUUUUCUCACCAUAAAAAGAUUUCAUGCAGAGUGCGGCUUCGUGGGAAGACGGCGCGUGAGAUAUCAAUGCUUCUGAACAAAACAGAGCAUGAAAUCGAGAAGCCAAUUACGACACAUCGCACUGAAACAGUUGGCCAUUACACAGUUCGCCAAAAUGCCAUAAUAUUCCCAACCGCAGCAGCACUUUUUACCUUCGUCGUCAUAGCUACAGUUUUGAAGAUUCGACUGAAACAAAACUGGCGUAACUACAAGGAAGACGAGAACCUGGAAAUGGAUGAGCAGCAAAACGUUCAAGAAGACGAAGGAGCAAGCAGGGAAUGCAAUGAAUUCAGGACAGACCAUCGAGAUUUCAACUUUUCCCGUGCGAAGCUCGCCCUAUAUGAAGUACUAGGUAGCGGCAACUUCGGUCAGGUCUAUCGGGCAACGGCUGAUGGGAUAUAUAACUCAGGAGUCCAAUCAGUUGUCGCAGUCAAAAUAAUCAAACCUUCAGCUGAUGCUGACGUGGUUGCUGAAUUCAGAAAAGAAAUUGAAAUUCAGGAAGGUCUCACGAAGCACCCUAACAUCGUGUCAAUGCUUGGGUACUGCAUUGAAAAAGAACCUUUCUACCUAAUACUGGAGUAUCUUCCAAGAGGCAACCUACAAAAAUACCUAAGAGGAAGGAAAGAUGCUUGGCGUGAUAACACCACAGAGGGUGACAUUCCUGCUUGUCCCUUCCAACUCCUAACAUUUGCUUCUCAGGUUGCUUGUGGUAUGGACUAUCUAUCAACAAUGGGGUGCAUUCAUCGUGAUCUUGCAACUCGCAACGUUCUUUUAAGUGAGGACUUAGUCUGCAAGCUGUCUGACUUUGGGUUAGCGCGCGAUGUAUCAGAGACGGAACAAUACGAGAAAACUUCUCUGGGCUUGAUUCCUGUCCGCUGGCUUGCUCUUGAGUGUCUCGUUGAGAACGUGUAUACGACGAUGAGCGACGUCUGGUCAUUUGGUGUUUUGCUAUGGGAGAUAGUGACGCUAGGUGCCCAUCCCUAUCGUGGGAUGUCUGCUAAUGAAAUAAUUGACGCCUUGGUUGAAGGCUUUCGAUUACCAACUCCUUUACAUUGCAACAACCAACUCUACAACGUCAUGAAGGAAUGUUGGAGAGUCUCACCCUCUCGUCGUCCCUCUUUCUACAAUCUGAAGAAGAUCUUAGACAUCAUGAUUCCUGAUGCCCAGGUUUAUCUCGAGAUGGAGAGCUUUGUAGCAGACAAGUACACUUGAUGUGAAGAUGUGAACUUUGCCCAGUGAUGUCGUUGAUGAGCGUCAUUGAGUUGAGGUGGAUUUGAGUCCAAGAUGGAUCAACCUUGGUUUGGGGUUGAAUAGAGUGAUGUUGCCAUACAGAAAUUGUUGUACUGUUUUUAUUUUGUAAUAACUAAUGUGUGUCUGUAUAGUUGUCUGAUUGUCUAACUUUGGUCUGAUUUUUUUCUUGUUCUUUUUCAAUGAGGGGGGGGGAAUAUUGUUCGUGAUGUGUCUUGCCUUUUGUUAUUAAAAAAAUUGCUAAAGUCAGUACAGUAGUGGCAUAGACAUUUCCGCCGCCUUCCUUCUAGUUGUUCUUUAAGAAAAUCCUUGGAUUUUUCCAAGCUGAAAAUUCCUCUUUUUUGCUGUCAGGACACUCGUCUUUGCACCAUAAUUUGGCGAAUAAACUUGUCUUGUGUAAAGUUGGUGUGCUUAUAAAAAGUUAGUAGUUAGAGAUAUAGUUUGAAUACAUGUACACUGUUGUCGAUAAUUGUUGAUGGCGUCAUUUUAAUAGCUCAGUAUUUAAUGGCAAAGUUAUUGUCACACAAUGCUCGUGUAUACGUGUACUCGGACAGUAUUAAAAGAUAGGAACUGUACGCAUUUCACGUACUUCUCUACCUGACUAUUUUUGAGAUAAUCCUUAGGGUUAAUUUAUAAUAUACUGAUCUUUCAAAAAUUCUUACUCUGCAGUGGUUGGGGUCUGAAAUCAUGAACAUGAUACAUGAAAUCUUUGCCAAAUUGGCCUACUGGAAAAAGUUCUAACUAUAUUUGGUGAUAUGUGGAGACUUUUAUCCCUGUGGGGUUGCCACCAGGGUAUUUAUAAUAAAAUAGAACAUGUUUAAAGUACGGAAUUAUACAGAAUGAAUUGUUUUCAUAUAGGAAAUAAGCAAAUUUGUAAGGACAGUUACGAUCAAAGAAAAGUAGCCACUGACAACAGCUGUCUACUUAUACAGAUUUUAAUGGAUGCUUCUAAUGUACGCAUUGCAACGAUAAUAGUGUGCAAAAUGAAAUGUAGUGUAAAUGAAAACAAAAGUGAGAGAAUACUCUACAUGCUAGGUAUUUUUAACAAUUUCCGGCUUUGAGAACUUGAAAAUUGCUACGUUCACUUUGAGCAUUUCCACAAAUAAGUUGACAAUGCUAUGGCAUCGGUUAUUUGGUAAUUAAUAGAAUUACGCAGAAUGAAUUAAGCAGGUGCUUGUGCAUAUUACCCAUUGUCUCCAUCUGGAAUAACCUGCUGGCUGCUGUAUACUGUAUACCCAGUUUGAUAACAUAUAAUACAAUAUUUUUCAAUUAUAGUAACAAAUUAUAAAGAGCAUACUCUAACACCCGAAAUUUUUUAUUUGUUCCUUUGUUUUUCUAUUCCUUUUAUAGUAAAUUCCUGGUUAUAACGAGGGAAUUGCCUGUUCCCUUUAACUUUGCUAUUAUGAGAGUUGACUUUGCUUUAUUUUAUCAAAUUUACAUUCACUAAUUUUUUGUGUUUUGUCAGUCGCUAAAGCAGGUAGGCCCUAGUAAUCAUAAUAAUGCAUGCAGAGCUCAGUGUCCUUAUUAAACCGAAACAGUUGUCUCUUCUGAUGACAUCAGGAUCAUGUUCUCAGUUAUAAAUAAAUUUGUGCAUGAUAUAAGCCAA